AUGCACAUUGGCAGUUUUUCUCUUGUUUUAUACCUGCCUGCAGGCUGGUUGUUUCUCUUCAUUGCAACAGCAAGUCGUCCGGCAUAUGCCAAAAGCAUGUACGACCACAAAGUCAAGAAUUACGAAAUAAUCACACCAAGCUUUGUAGCGAGCCGAAAUACGACGGCCGAACUAGAGAUUCAAUUCCGAGCCUUCAACAGAAGCUUCUGUUUGUUUCUCCACGAAGAUGUAGGAUUCCAAGAUGUGGAAGUCGUAUCAUUUGAAAAUAGCGGAUCAUUCACGUCUGCUAGAAUCAAUUCGGCGUUUUUCGAAGGGGCUACAAAUGACACGACUUCUGACGUAACUAUCGCUGGAUAUUUGUGCAACCAAGUUUUUUGCGGAACUUUUGUGGAAGGUGGUGACGUAUACUUCAUGGAAUCGGCAGAAUUCUUUCUUUCAAAUUCUUCUUAUUACGGAAGCGCCGUCAUUUAUAGAAGUGAAGAUGUCGAAGGUUUUAUAGAAGAGCCACAUAAGCAUGAAUUCAAAGAUUCGCAGGAGCGUCCAACUUUUAAAUCAUAUUUACUCAGAAAUUUAUUAUUUCCCUUCACAGGAAAUUAUUUCGGCCGAUUUAAUUAUCCAAAAGGAAUCGACAGAAGCGCCCAACCCGAUGCAGAUUACGCAUGCCGAAUUGAAAUGGUCGCCGACCAUACAAUUUAUCAUUAUUUCAACAAAGAUACAGAUGCACUAAGCGCUUUUCUGUAUUUACAUGGGAAGUACGCAGAUUCAGUUUUUAGAAAAACCGAUUUUGAUGGUGAUGGGUUGAAAGAUAAUAUAAGAAUUAUAGUGAAAAAGAUUUUCGUGUAUAAGAGCGAAAAUGAUGCCGAUUAUCCGAUGGCGUACGCUGCUGAUUUAUUAGACUUCUUAAAAAGGUUCACCAGAAGGAUUCAAAACCACUGUCUAUCUGUCUGUCUUUGCUACAGGCGCUACUCCUCAAAUGCCAUUGGUCGAGCUUACAAGCCGACCCCCGGCAUCAGAGGUACGCCAGGUGGGAUAUGUCAAAAAGUUCUCAAACUCAAGACCGGCAGACUGACCUAUGUUCCGAGAAGCCUCAAUACAGCCGCUGUGACAAUCCGCAAUUCCCGCGGUCAGACUUUACCUCUCAUAACUACUCUUCUUGCCGUCACUCAUGAAAUAGGCCAUUCUUUCGGCAGUGACCAUGAUCCCAUGGACAACUUAUUAUGUUCUCCUGGAGGAGAGAAAGGUUAUUAUCUGAUGCAUCCUAAGACUACUAGAGUGCUGAGAGAAAACAGCAACGUCUUCUCUCCUUGUAGUCGACAGGAAAUUUACCGCAUCCUGCAAGAACAGGGCGAGUGCUUGAAAAUUUACGCUGGAACUUGCGGCAAUGGGAUUCGGGAGGGUGACGAGGAAUGCGAUUGUGGGUGGGAAGGGAUCUGCAAGUCUUUGGACCCCUGCUGCACACCAGUAGAUGCGAAAUCUCCAGAGAAGCCAUGCACAAUACGGAGGUUAACAGGCGCUCAUUGCAGUCCCAAAGAAAGCCCUUGCUGCUCUGACGAUUGCUCAAUGAAUGCCAACAUCGAUAGAGUGUGCUACAAGAGCGACGCGGCUUGCCUCAUCAGCUACUGCGAGACAAAUUCAUCAACAUGUCCUGAGCCCCAACAGGCUCCAGAAGGAUAUCCUUGCCAAGGCACUUCCAAGACGUGCCACAGAGGCGCAUGCAACAGCUCGAUCUGCCAGGACAAUGGCCUGAAAAACUGCACUUGCAAGGAAAAACAUUUGGCCUGCUUUGUGUGCUGCGAGAAAGGCAACAAAUGCCAACCGGCACACACGAUUGCUCUAAAAAAUCCCUGGACGGAUAUUUUCGCAGCAUUAGCCAGGAGCCACUGCAGUGAUUCGGGAAAUUUCCGUUGCGAUGGUGCAGGAAACUGUAUCAACAUCAAAGGGCGGAAAAUUGAUGACAAAAGUGAACAAAGAGUACUUUGGUGGACACUGGCCAUUCUGAUAGCAGUAUUCGUUAUUUUGAUAAUUAUAUUCUUAUAUCUUUUAAAAACUCAUUUAUCACCUUCGACUUUACAAACGACCACCACGAAUUUAAUUUUAUGA